UUUCAGAGUUAACAUGUUUUGUUUUUGGUUUUAAAACGUGCUUUUGCUGUAUUUGAGUACUUUGGAAGGUGAUUUAAUAAAAAAACACGUUAAUAUGGUUUUAUUAAAAUUUAUAAUAUACAGCACAUACCUGUUAUUGUAUUCAGCUAACAGUGAGAUUCAUCUGGGUGGAAUUCUAUUUCCAAAAGAAUCAGAAACAAGACAAGUUAUUUCUUUGGAUGGCUUAUGGAAUUUCGUCGUACCAAACACUCGAAAGCCUUUUGAAGGUUUCGAAGACCAUUGGUAUAAAAGAAGCCUAAAUGAACUGGAAGACAAAAAAGUUAUUCUAAUGCCCGUACCAUCCAGCUAUAACGACAUAACCACAGAUCCCUCAAUACGUGACCACGUCGGUAUAGUCUGGUACGACCGAACAUUUUUUGUACCCAAAUAUUGGUCCGACAUUGGUCGUACAUGGAUUAGGUUCGAGUCUGUGUCGUAUGCUGCACAAGUGUGGAUCAACGGUCAGCUAGUUAUGAGCCACGAAAUCGGUCAUUUACCGUUCCAUACCGAAAUUACAAGUUUCCUGAAAUUUGGAAAGGAAAAUAGGGUAACUGUAGCUUGCGAUAAUACUUUAUUAGCUGACACUAUACCACAAGGGAAGGUUGGGGAGUUGGAAACUGGACGUUUAGUGCAAUCUUAUACAUUUGAUUUUUUUAAUUACGCUGGUAUUCAUAGACCUGUAAAGCUAUACACUACGCCAAAAAAUUACAUAGAUGAUAUAACAGUUAAUCCAUUUGUUCAAGAUAAUAAAGCGUGGUUGGAUUACAACGUCUCGAUAAUCAAGAAUGAUAACAUUACAUGUAGGGUAAGCUUAAUUGACAAAAAAGACAAUGUGGUAGCUUCAAACUUGGAUGGGGAAACUCAUGGUUUACUAACCAUAGAAAACCCCAUACUAUGGUGGCCGUAUCUUAUGGAUCCCAACCCUGGUUACCAAUAUAACCUAAACGUGGAGUUAUAUGACCAAAUAAGUGGUGUUUUAAUUGAUAAAUACGUACAAAAAGUUGGCCUUCGAAGUUUGAGUUGGGACAACACUACCUUCACAAUAAACGGUAAACCUUUAUAUUUACAUGGCUUCGGAAGACACGAGGAUUCAGACAUAAGGGGUAAAGGACUUGACCUACCUUUGGUCAUAAGGGAUUACAAUUUAAUACAAUGGGUGGGAGCAAAUGCUUACAGGACUUCACAUUACCCAUAUGCCGAGGAAAUUAUGGACCUAGCUGAUGAAUAUGGUAUAAUGAUCAUAGACGAAUGCCCAGCUGUUAAUACAGAAUUCUUUUUGGAAACCCUACUUGCAAAACAUAAGGUAUCUUUGACAGAACUCAUAAAAAGAGAUAAAAAUAGGCCGAGCGUUGUUAUAUGGUCAGCUUCGAAUGAACCCAGGACCCAAUACACACAAGCAAAAGAAUAUUUUAAAUCUGUCAUCGAACAUAUAAAAUCUAUUGAUAAAACACGUCCAACUACCAUAGUCGAAGCUCAAAGUGUAAACGUGGUUCAAUCAUCCUAUUUUGUAGACAUAAUCAGCUUCAAUAGAUAUAACGGUUGGUACAGCAAUGGCGGUAAUUUGGAUAUAAUACCCAAUGCUGUCAUUUCCGAAGCUAAGGAGUGGAAUAGAAAGUUUAAUAAACCUGUUAUAAUGCAAGAAUAUGGUGCUGAUACUUUGGAAGGCCUCCAUUUCGAACCUAAUUACAUUUGGUCUGAAGAAUACCAGGUUCAGUUAAUGUCACAACAUUUUAAGGCCUUUGAUUCGCUAAGAGAGGAAGGUUUUUUCAUAGGGGAAUUCAUAUGGAACUUUGCUGACUUUAAAACAGCUCAAACUUAUACAAGAGUUGGUGGUAAUAAAAAAGGUAUUUUCACGCGGAGUAGGCAACCAAAGGUGAGCGCACAUCACUUACGACAAAGGUAUUGGGCGCUAGCUAAAAGUUACAACAGCAACGUAACUUUACCAAACGAUUUGACUAGUUAUGUUAUUAGUAAACAUGAUGAGCUGUGAUAUAUUUUAAUUGUAGUUAACAAAAGAUUUUAGUAUUUUU